GACCUGUUCAAACUCUUUUCUCUGAUCUCUCGUCGUGCUCGUUUGAUGCUUUUAUUCAGCAGUAUAGCUACAGCUGAAAACGGUUAAGAAUUCGAACCUCAAGAACCCUAGAUCCACUUAUUUGUAAUCGAUCAGAGGCAAUGCUUGAUCUCUGGAGAUAUCUAUUGUGACGAUCAAAUUAGGGCUUCUGAUCCACCGUUAACAAGUUUGCUUCGUUUCGGUCUGAUCUCUAGCUGAAGCUAUGACGCAGAGUAAUUGGGAAGCAGAUAAGAUGCUUGAUGUUUACAUAUAUGAUUACUUGGUGAAGAAAAAGUUGCACAAUACUGCGAAGUCUUUUAUGACAGAAGGGAAGGUUUCGCCAGAUCCAGUAGCGAUUGAUGCUCCUGGAGGGUUUCUUUUUGAGUGGUGGUCUGUGUUCUGGGACAUUUUCAUCGCAAGGACAAACGAAAAGCAUUCAGAACCUGCAGCAGCUUACAUAGAGGCACAACAAGUUAAAGCAAAGGAGCAGCAGCAGAUGCAAAUGCAGCAACUGCAGUUGAUGCGCCAGGCUCAAUUACAGCGUAGAGACCCUAAUCAUCCUUCCUUCGGGGGUCCAAUGAGUUCUAUUGGUUCUGAGGGGAUGCUUGGGCAAUCCAAUGCCAGUGCUUUGGCUGCAAAAAUGUAUGAAGAACGUAUGAAGCAACCUAAUCCGAUGAAUUCUGAAACAUCCCAACCCCUGCUCGAUGCUAGGAUGGCCCUUCUGAAGUCAGCGACAAACCAUCCUGGACAAAUGAUCCAAGGAAAUCAAGGAAGUGUAUCGGCAGCUCUGCAGCAAAUUCAGGCACGGACUCAACAGACCACUGAAAUCAAAAGCGAAGUCAACUUGGGUUCGUCACCAAGAUCACUACCGGUGGAUCCUUCAACAGUUUAUGGCCAGGGAAUUCUGCAAUCAAAACCUGGAAUGGGGAGUGCAGGGUUGAGUCCUGGAGUCAGCGGUCUUCCUUUGAAGGGAUGGCCAUUAACUGGGAUUGAACAAAUCCGACCAGGAGUAGGCCCUCAGGUUCAGAAAUCAUUCCUACAAAAUGCAAGUCAAUUUCAGCUGUUGCCGCAGCAACAGCAGCAGCAGCUCUUGGCUCAGGUUCAAGCGCAAGGAAAUAUGGGUAACUCACCCAUGUACAGCGACAUGGAUCCUCGAAGGUUCACAGGAUUGCCUAGAGGAAACUUGAGUUCAAAAGAUGGUCAACCAAAUGCAAAUGAUGGAUCUAUAGGUUCACCUAUGCAGUCAACUUCAUCAAAACAUACAAACAUGCCACCAGUGCAGCAAUCGUCAUCUCAACAACAAGAUCCGCUACAAUCACAGCAAUCACAGCAGAACAAUCGCAAAAGGAAAGGACCUUCCUCUUCUGGUCCUGCUAACAGUACCGGGACAGGAAACACUGUAGGUCCUUCCUCCAACUCGCAGCCAUCAACUCCGUCAACACACACUCCUGCUGAUGGCAUUGCUAUGGGCGGUAAUAUGCAACAUGUGAAUAGCAUGCCAAAAGGCCCAAUGAUGUAUGGUUCUGAUGGAAUUGGUGGUCUUGCAUCAUCAACAAACCAACUGCUACAGGAAGACAUGGAACAGUUUGGAGAUGUUGGUGCCCUAGAAGAUAAUGUGGAAUCCUUUUUAUCACAAGAUGAUGGAGAUGGAGGAAACCUGUUUGGCACAUUGAAGCGGAACCCUUCUGAGCACACUACUGAAACUUCGAAAGGUUUUAGCUUUAGCGAGGUUGGUUCGAUACGAAGAAGCAACAGUAAGGUCAUUUGCUGUCACUUCUCAACGGAUGGAAAAUUGUUGGCUAGCGCUGGACAUGAUAAAAAGGUUUUCAUCUGGAACAUGGAGACACUGCAGACAGAGUGCACUCCAGAAGAACAUGCUCAUAUCAUCACGGAUGUUCGCUUCAGGCCUAAUUCAACUCAAUUGGCGACAUCUUCCUUCGACAAAACUAUUAAAAUCUGGGAUGCUUCUGAACCUGGUUAUUACAUUCGGACAAUCGGUGGUCACACUCAACCUGUAAUGUCUCUUGAUUUCCACCCUAAGAAAACCGAGUUGUUCUGCUCCUGUGACAGCAACAACGACAUCCGCUUCUGGAACAUCAAUACAUAUUCUUGCGUCCAUGUUUCAAAGGGGGCUAGCACACAAGUUCGAUUCCAGCCAAGAAUUGGUCACCUUCUUGCUGCAGCUUCGGACAGUACUGUGACAAUUAUGGAUGUAGAAACUGAGAGGAAAAUUCACAUGUUAAAGGGACACUCCACCAAUGUGCAUUCCGUAUGUUGGGACGCAAACGGAGAAUAUGUGGCAUCAGUUAGUGAAGACUCGGUGCGAGUAUGGUCUCUGGCCUCGGGAGAUUGCAUCCACGAGCUCAGUUCCAGUGGGAACAAGUUCCACUCCUGUGUUUUUCAUCCUAGCUAUUCCACUCUCUUGGUCAUUGGUGGCUACCAGUCGCUGGAGUUGUGGAACAUGGCUGAGAACAAGUGUAUGACGAUACCGGCCCACGAGUGCGUGAUCUCUGCGCUUGCUCAGUCGCCUUCGACGGGAAUGAUGGCGUCUGCCAGUCAUGACAAGUCUGUCAAGAUCUGGAAAUGAUAAUCUUAUUGCCGGUAUUCUUCAUCUUCUUCUUCACUCUAUAUCAGACAUCAUCCAUCCAAAAGCAAAGAACUAAAGAAACUGUGUAAAACCCUGCCUGCAUUCGGUCAUCAUUCUUUGUUGUGUUUUCAUCAAAUAAUAUAUUAUGUUAAAAGCGUUUAUAGCUGUUGACUGGGAUUUGUCUCUGUUUGUUUGUAAUUUCUAACAUAUACACUAUAAUGCUUUGUUUGUGUUUUUUUUUAAUAAAUAUUAUUUAUUUGCGUC